CCCUGAGUUUUAGCUUGGAGAGAAGGAUCCGGUCCCGGGACAGAGGGCGCCUUGAAACGGAUUGUUCAGAAGUGACUGGAGCACAAAGAGAAAGUGAUCCGAAUCAGAACCAGGAGGAGAAAGCGGUGGGACCAGAUCCGAGAGCAAGGAUCCGAGGGCACCCCAUAGAUCUCCGCCCUGCAGGACUGAGCUCAGUGUGAUCCGCCAGCAGAGGUGACACCAGGAGCUCCUGGGAGGGGGAGGCAGGAGGAACACAAGCACAACUUUGUCUCAUCGCUGCAGAUCUGAUUAUCCCAGCAAGAACUGGCAGGAGACACGUGUGACUGCAGCUCUGGAUCCUACUCCUCCGACUGUACCCCAGAACAGGUGAUACCAUCUCAGUUUUCUUCCUAAUCCUUAACCAUGCAGGGUGUGCCCAAAGCCACCCUUCUCCAAGUCCUCUGCCCACUGCUCGCCUUGGGUUUAAUUGCCAAUGCACAGCUUCACGGGGAAAAGGGCAUCUCAGUGCCAGAGCAUGGCUUCUGCCAGCCUAUCUCCAUUCCUCUGUGCACAGACAUUGCAUAUAAUCAGACAAUCAUGCCCAAUCUUUUGGGACACACCAAUCAAGAAGAUGCUGGGCUGGAGGUUCAUCAGUUCUACCCCUUAGUAAAAGUCCAAUGUUCUUCAGAACUGCGGUUCUUCUUGUGCUCAAUGUAUGCCCCAGUCUGCACAGUGUUGGAGCAAGCCAUCCCUCCCUGCCGCUCUAUUUGUGAACGUGCAAGACAAGGUUGUGAAGCCCUCAUGAACAAGUUUGGUUUCCAGUGGCCAGAGAGGUUAAGGUGUGAAAACUUUCCACGCCAUGGUGCAGAGCAGAUCUGCGUUGGGCAGAACCACUCGGAAGAUGGUGGUCCUACACUGUUGACUACUAGCCCACCGCUCCAUGGGACUAUUGGACCAGUCAUCUAUGCCACACCUGACCAUCCCUUCCAUUGCCCCAGGAUGUUGAAGGUACCAUCCUAUCUGAACUACAGAUUUCUAGGAGAGAAAGACUGUGCUGCUCCAUGUGAACCUUCUAAAAGUGAUGGCUUCAUGUUCUUCAGUCAAGAAGAGAUCCGCUUUGCCAGAGUAUGGAUUCUUAUUUGGUCAGUACUUUGCUGUGCAUCAACGUUUUUCACAGUGACCACUUACUUGGUAGAUAUGCAAAGGUUUCGCUAUCCUGAAAGACCCAUUAUUUUCUUGUCUGGAUGCUAUACCAUGGUGUCUGUGGCGUACAUUGCAGGCUUCGUGCUUGGUGACAAAGUUGUUUGCAACGAGGGAUUCUCAGAGGAUGGCUAUAAAACUGUCGUACAAGGUACCAAGAAGGAAGGGUGCACAAUUCUCUUCAUGAUGCUGUACUUUUUUAGCAUGGCUAGCUCCAUCUGGUGGGUCAUUCUUUCUUUAACAUGGUUCCUGGCUGCUGGCAUGAAGUGGGGACAUGAAGCAAUAGAAGCCAAUUCCCAGUACUUCCAUCUGGCAGCGUGGGCAGUACCAGCUGUAAAAACCAUAACCAUCCUGGCAAUGGGGCAGAUUGAUGGAGACCUUCUCAGUGGAGUUUGUUUUGUAGGACUAAAUAGCAUCGACCCACUGAGGGGAUUUGUGCUGGCUCCUCUCUUUGUCUACCUGUUUAUUGGAACUUCCUUUCUCCUUGCUGGUUUUGUAUCUCUCUUCAGAAUUAGGACCAUCAUGAAACACGAUGGCACGAAGACAGAGAAGCUGGAGCGGCUGAUGGUGCGGAUUGGGGUCUUCAGUGUUCUUUACACUGUACCUGCAACAAUUGUCAUUGCGUGCUACUUUUAUGAGCAGGCCUUUAGAGAGCACUGGGAGCGUAGUUGGGUGAGCCAGAACUGCAAGAGCCUAGCCAUCCCUUGCCCACUGCAAUACACCCCACGCAUGACCCCAGACUUUACAGUCUAUAUGAUAAAGUAUCUCAUGACUCUCAUCGUUGGCAUCACUUCUGGGUUCUGGAUCUGGUCAGGCAAAACUCUCCAUUCGUGGAGAAAGUUUUACACCAGGCUUACCAACAGCAAACAUGGAGAGACAACUGUGUGAGGACUGCAGUGUUCUGAAUGGGGCCUGGAACCAACUUGGACUAAACAUUCUCCAGAUUUUCCUUA